UUUGUGUGGGCUCCACCAUAAUAACUGAAUCUUUAUUUUGAAUUUGUUGUGUCUUAGUACAAAGUGAUGCUGUAAAAAGAGAUAUUGUGUUCCUGCUGGAUGGCUCUGAUAACACAAGACAUGGAUUCCCAGAGAUAAAAAACUUUGUUAAGAGCAUAGUAGAGACACUCUCUGUCAGUGAGGGCCAAGACAGAGUGUCUGUUGUUCAGUUUGCUGAUACCUCUGAGGCCAACUUUUAUCUAAAUUCUCACAAGACAAAGAAUGACAUCAUUAAUGCCAUUGAUAAUUUAAGGCACAAGGGUGGGAGGCGUCUUAAAACUGGGAGAGCACUCCAGUUUGUGAGACAUAGUGUCUUUACCGCCUCCAUGGGAAGUAGAAGACUAGAAGGAGUGCCUCAGAUUUUACUUCUUCUAAGUAGCAAACCAUCCACUGAUAAUGUAAAAGGCCCAGCUUUAGCUCUUAAAGACCAUGAAAUUGUAUCAGUGGGAAUUGGAGUGGGAGAUGCUAGUCGGUCAGAGUUGGAACUGAUUGCCUUUGAUCCUGGUUUAACAUACAAGGUGACUGAUUUUAGCAAGUUGCCCUCAAUCCACUCACAACUUGUUGCUGCACUGAACAAUGGCGAUGAGGAAGCCAUGACUGGAAUCUCUGAUUUAGUAGUUGAAUUAGAGUCCCCUCAAAGAGACAUAGUGUUUCUAUUGGAUGGGUCAGAUGACACACGGAGUGACUUCACAGCAAUGAAGGGUUUUGUCCAAAAAGUGGUAGAAACACUCAGUGUUGGUGAGAACAAAGACCGUGUUUCUGUGGUUCAGUAUAGCAGAGAGCCACAGACACAUUUCAGUUUGAACACCUACACAGAAAAGCAAGAUAUUUUGAAAGCUCUCCAGGAGCUGAACCAUCAAGGCGGCAAACCCCUCAACACCGGUGCAGCCCUGAACUAUGUGAGAAAUAAUGCUUUUGUUGACUCCUCAGGGAGUCGGCAUCAAGAAGGCAUCCCUCAGAUACUGAUUCUGUUGAGUGAGGGAAGAUCUCAAGAUGAUGUUGCAAGUGCAGCUGAGGCUCUAAAACAGGACAAAAUUGUCCCAUUCUGCAUAGGUACAAGGAACGCAGACAUACUUGAGCUCCAAAUGAUUGCACAUAACCCUUCCUAUGCUUUCUCUGUACUUGGGUUUGAUGAUAUUGGGAGCAUCCAUCAACAACUUGUGUCAUUUAUGAAAAGGCUGCCUCGGCAGCAGCCAAGACUAAAAUCACAGAUUGUAUUAGGUUCUACAGAUCAAGCUGAAUCCAUUCAACGUGAUGUUGUAUUUUUACUGGAUUCAUCAAAUGAAAUGCGAAAUGAAUUUCAGGCAAUGCUUGGCUUUGUUGAACGAAUGGUGGAGAAACUCAGUGUGGAUGAGAACAAGGAUCGCAUUUCAGUGGUGCAGUACAGCAGGGAACCUUCGGUUGAAUUUUUUCUGAACACAUACAAAACACAGCAGAAUGUUGUGGACAAUGUGCGAAGCCUGAGGCAUAAAGGAGGCACACCUCUCAAUACUGGUGCAGCCCUCCAGUACAUCAAGGAUAAUGUUUUUACAGCCUCUUCUGGAAGCAGGCAUCAACAUGGUGUCCCUCAGAUUUUAGUUCUCUUAAUUGGAGGACGUACUAGUGAUGAUGUCAGAAAUGCUGUAGAAAACUUGAAAGGAAUUGGUGUGAUGGUAUUUGUCGUGGGGACAAAGAAUGCAAAUACCUUUGAGAUUCAGUCUAUUUCACAGGAAGCUAGUCAUGCUUUCUUUGCAGUGGAUUACAGUGAUAUGUCAGGCAUUGAACAACAGAUAUUUUCAGCCAUCCAGAAGGGUGAAACCCCUGCUGUCAAACCAACAUCAUAUGGUAAGACUACAGUGACAAGAUCUUAUGCUGCGUGCACAACUUCCUGCAUUGUCAGGUUGAGAUAGACCAGUACUGAUUUAUUUCAACUGAAGGUGAAUGGUGAACAGUAAUAGACUGGUAGCCCCUUGUGGCAGUGACAUCUUUUGGCCAUCAAAUCAAAGAUGCAUUACAUUUUUCCAAAUGGUGAAGUGGAUGAUGGCAACUGCAUUGUAAACAAAAUAUUUUAGCUUUAUUUAGGGGAAAAAAAGAAUUUUCAGUCUUUU